AGUACGCAUGCGCAACCUCUUACGUGGUCCGUCAUUGUUUAGCGUGAGUUAGCGUUAGCUACAGUGCUAGCCAGAUGCUAGCUGAAAAUACAAAAUAGCAAAGUUACGCUUGUAAAUGAAGUAGUUUGACUUCCGAAGAACAUCGAGGAGUUACCUARGCGUUGUAUCGAAUCACAAUGAGCAAGAGAAAAGCUCCACAAGAAUCCCUAAAUGAGGGAAUAACGGACUUUCUUGUCGAGCUGGCAAACUAUGAAAAAAAUGUCAACAGAGCAAUACACAAGUACAAUGCAUACAGGAAAGCAGCGUCUACUAUUUCCAAGUACCCCCAAAAGAUUAAGAGUGGAGAAGAGGCCAAGAAACUGGAUGGAGUUGGAGCUAAGAUAGCAGAAAAAAUCGAYGAGUUCCUUCAAACUGGCAAACUAAGAAAACUUGAGAAGAUUCGAAAUGACGAUACUAGCUCUUCAAUCAACUUUCUUACAAGAGUUACUGGAAUUGGCCCUGCCGCUGCCAGGAAAUUCUUUGAUGAAGGAGUAAAAACUCUGGAUGAUUUGAAAAAGAUUGAGCACAAGUUAAACCACCAUCAAAAGAUUGGACUCAAAUACUUUGAGGAAUUUGAGAAAAGAAUCCCAAGAGCUGAAAUGGAAAAGAUGGAGGCUCUUAUUCUUGAGGAGCUGGAAAAAAUUGAUACAGAAUAUAUUGGAACAAUUUGUGGAAGCUACAGGAGAGGUGCAGCAUCGAGUGGUGAUAUUGAUAUUUUGCUGACACACCCAGAGUACACCUCUCAAACAGAAAAGCAGCCCAAACUCCUUCAUGCUGUGGUUGAGCAUUUGGAAUCCAUUGGGUUCGUGACCGACACUCUGUCCAAAGGAGACACCAAGUUCAUGGGAGUCUGCCAGCUGCAGCAAAGUGAUGAGGAUGAAGAGGAGGAAGAACAUCUUCACAGGCGUAUAGAUAUAAGGUUAAUUCCCAAGGACCAGUACUACUGUGGAGUCCUGUAUUUUACUGGAAGUGACAUCUUUAAUAAAAACAUGAGGACUCAUGCUCUGGAGAAGGGCUUCACUCUUAAUGAGUACACCAUCAGACCACUCGGUGUCACUGGAGUGGCAGGGGAGCCUCUGCUGGUGGAUAGUGAGAAAGACAUCUUCGACUACAUCCAGUACAAAUACAGAGAGCCCAAGGAUCGCAGCGAGUAAAGAAAAUCAGCAGCUGUCCUACAAAAUAGAUAAAAGUUUAAAAAAAUGUGUGUUAGUUUUUUGCCAUUCAUUCAUAACACUGAGAAGAAAACUGUYCAGUUUGAAGUUUUGUUUUAGUUUUUAUUUGUUACACCUUUUCCAUCCAUCACACUCUGGACAAUGUUUUAUUUCCAAAGUUCAUAGUCAUGCAUCCUUGUACACUAACUUCAGCUUGUUUUUAAACUGUGUAACUCAUGCCAACAGUAAUUUAUUUUACCUCACUUGCAUAUUUUGUUUUUAGUAUACCAAAAGGGGAUUGUAAACACAAAGAAGCCAUUUUUUAAAUUGGGAUGACCUCUGUUACAUUUUCUGUGUAUCCUGAAUGCUGAGGAUAUGUCAUAUCCUUGUUUUUAUGAUGAUGAUGGUGCUUCUUAACUUGCCAUAGCUCUAUAAAAGUUUUUUGUUUGUUUGAUGUACAGUAAUAUUAUUAUUAUUUUGUGAUAGUUAUUCAGUUUGGGUGCACGGAUCGACAAUGUUAAAAUAUUUGCAGCUUUUUAAUAAGUGUCGCAAACAACCCAGUGGACAUGUUUUUCUUCUUUAAAAAAGUCAUUAUUACAACACAAAGAAGCAGUUUUAAACCAGGAUAUCUGUUCACUGCUUUUUAGGGGGCAUUUGUAAGUAGAUAAAGUGAAAUAAGGUGUAAGACUUGAAUACUAGAUUUUGAUGAAGUACUUAAGUUUUGUGUUUGAAUAAUUGUAUGUAAAUGAGAAUAAAUUUUAAGAAAAGAAACGUGGGAUUUGGUCCGUGUCAACUACAAACAAUAAGUGUGAGUGAAAUAAAAUGGUAGAAAAAAGUA